AAGGCAACUGAUAAAACGUUUCAACCGCUAAAACUCUACCACAGAUGGAAUUCAUUUGUGUGUGGGAAUUAUUUUGCUGUAGUGAUCCCCAAUUGAACUAUAAUGGGGAAGAUUGUGUAUGCCUUGUCAGCACCUUUGGCGUCACAAGGCAGGCACUUGUAAGUGAGUGUCUCACAUGCAAACGCGAAGAGUUUCAGAAGCAAACUCGCACCAUGGGCAGCCAAUUCCUCGCGCUGCUCACAAUCAGUAUUUUGUGAGACUCUGACUCUGAAGCAUCGAAUCAGCGAGGAGAUCUUCCACCCGCACAUCCAACAUCCCGCGACUCUGAUCAUCUCUCCCUCACAGCAGGGAAGUUGUGCCACUGAAGAUCCCAACACACAUUUUUUUGAAGUGAUUGAAGUGAAUAGAAAAUUUCUUUUAAAUUUUGUGAUUUUAAGACGAAAAAAAAAGUUUCUAUCCUCGCGAUCGUCAAAUCCUUGAGUGUGGGCUAUAGCUGAUCAUCUGCCUUCCUAGCUAAAGAUAAAACGAAUCCCCGCGGCCAUGGCACUGAGCAUACGAUGGAGUGUGGCGGGUGUUGUAUGCCUUCUGGCCAUUCUUCAGCCUCUUCUUGCACAAUACGAUGACUUCCCUGGGCCAUACUGUGCCGAUUCCAGAUAUGGCGGAUGCUGCAACAGUCGACAAGAUACAUGCGCCGUCCCCAUAUCCACAACCCUCUGCUAUUGCGAUGAAUUCUGCAACCGAACGACAAACAGCGAUUGCUGCCCAGACUACCAGGAAAUAUGUCUGGGCAUACCCCCUCCUGCCCCAAUCCUUGGAUGCCACCACAAUGGCAUCUACUUCACACAAUUCGACGCCCCUAUCAAGGACAACUGCAACCUUUGCCGGUGCCAACCCAACGGCCAGACGCUCUGCGACAGAGAUGUCUGCCUUGUUGAUGAACAUCUCCUGCACACCAUCAAUUCAGGCUACAACGGCUGGCGUGCAACCAACUACACCGAAUUCUGGGGACGCAAAUUAUCUGAUGGCUUGGAUCUUCGUCUUGGAACCUUCGAACCAACCUACCCCGUUAAGGCCAUGACACGUCUUACAAAUCGUCGUGGUGAAUUGGCACGAUCUUUCGAUGCUCGCGAUCAAUGGCCGGGAUUUGUGACGCAUGUUGUGGAUCAAGGGUGGUGUGGCUCAUCGUGGGCUGUCUCAACUACCUCCGUUGCAUCUGAUCGCUUUGCCAUCCUCUCCAAGGGUAAGGAAGUUGUCCAGCUGGCACCACAGCAGUUGCUUUCGUGCGUUCGCAAGCAACGUGGCUGCAACGGAGGACACUUGGAUGUUGCAUGGAACUACCUGCGAAGGAUUGGUGUUGCCAAUGACGAAUGCUACCCAUAUGAGGCUUCAAGGAGUAAAUGUCGCGUCCACCGGGGUGCUGAUUUGGUGUCUCUGAAGUGUCAGCUGCCUAGUAAGGUUCCACGGCAGCACUUCUACCAAAUGGGUCCUGCGUACUCGCUGAACAACGAAACAGACAUCAUGGCUGAGAUUCAGCGAUCGGGACCCGUUCAGGCCACCAUGCGUGUCUACAGAGACUUCUUCAGCUACUCAGGAGGAAUCUACAGACACACUCAAACUGAUAACUCCGACAAGGGUGGCUUCCACUCUGUACGAAUUGUCGGUUGGGGAGAAGAGCAGGAAGGUUAUUCAGUAACAAAGUACUGGAUUGCUGCCAACUCUUGGGGCACCUGGUGGGGCGAAGAUGGCUACUUCCGCAUCCUCCGUGGCACCAAUGAGUGUGAAAUUGAAAACUACGUCCUGGCCUCAUGGGCAGAUGUGUUCACGAAGCAAAAGUCCCUCUCGCAGACUUUUGCUCGCCGUCGCUAUUAAAGUGUUCUCAUCAUCGAAAUAAAACACCCAUCUCCGACGUCCUGGAGAUGUGCAGCGCUUUAUACGCACCCCAAAAUGCAAUCUUUUCAUUUUCUUUUUUUUUUUUCACGAAGCAAUCAACCAAGCGAAUUUAAAUCAUUUUAAAAAUUUACCCGAAUAGGGAUCGUUAUUAGAGAGAGAGCAACAAGAGAAAAUCUUCAUUAUCACUAUAAGAUUUAUUUAAAAAAUAUACGUGCAGCGAAAUGUUCAAUUUUUUAUUAUUUUACAAAAAUUUGGGAUUUGCGUCCUAUUCGCUUACGUAUGCAUCUGUGUUAUUUAUAGAUUUUUUUUCGUGUAAUUUAAAAAAGCAGAAAAGAGCGAAAUCUUGUGUACCAUAUUUUUGUAAUUUUUAUUAUUAUUAAAUGGCGUUGUGCUCCUUUCUGAGUUGAUGAUUUAAAUUGAAGAAAAAUUACGCAAAAGUUUGAUUAAAUUCUUUUAAUUUUUGUUUGAGAGAAUGUUUCAAGGAUGAAAGUAUUAAAAACUUAUUCCAUAUUAAUUCAGGAUUAAUGAUGUGGGCGUAUUUUUUUUUAAUUAAAUUGUAAACUCAGAAUCAAGUAUAGCCAAAACAGUGUAUUAUAACACUCAUGUAUCUUUUAGAUUUUAAUAAAAAUUUGUUCUUUUAA